CAAUGGCUUCCAUCGCAUGUCUAAGUUUCAUAGAGCAAUUCAAGGGUUGGGAUGUAGAGGAAAAUGCCAGGAUCCAGGAGAGAGAAUUCUCAUAAGAAGCUCCAAAAACACAAGGGUAACAAGAAGCAGAGGAUAUGUGGAUGCUUUUGUUGCAACUGUCGGCUAAGCACCUCGUCUUCCGAUGAUUUCGACUCGUUCGACUGUGAACGUGGGAACCACUUCGGCCUCGGCCGCCUCUCUCAUGCCAUGGUUCAAGAAAGGUUGGAGCAAUUGAUCCAAUCAUACAAAACUUCGAGGCGAGAAACAAAGAAGCCGAAUAGCCAUGAGGACAUAUAUGAGAAGACUCCAAGAGUGGAGAGUGGUAACAAGGUAAUGUUGGCCAUGCAGAAGUUCUCCUAUGAUCCAAGAAAGGAUUUCAGAGAUUCCAUGUUUGAGGUAAUAGCAGAGAACCAAAUAGUGAAGCCAAAGGAGUUGAGGAGCCUACUAGAUUGUUACUUGUCCAUGAACACAGAAGAGUGUAGGAUGCUGAUUCUAGAGGCUUUUCAUGAGGUGUGCUUACAGUUAUUCAUAUGCCCUUCUCCUUUGCCUUCUAACUUUAUUGACUGUAAAUACUGAGAUGGGGUUGUUUAGUGGGUGUAAUAAUGUGAGUGAUGUUUGGGUUUCUCAGAAUGCGUGUCAAGUUGAGAGAGAGCACUUCUUUCCUGGGGAUCCACGACCACAAAUCUUUUGUAUUAGUUUUGGGAAUAGGUCCUUGACUUGUAACUGCUUUGGCACUUCUUUUCCAUUCUUUAGUAUGAUGUUGUCAUGAA